AUGCAGCAAAUUAACCUCCUAAAUGAAUAGGCUACUGCUAAGAUUAAGCAAUAAAAACAUAAAGAAGCAUUGAAACUAUUGCAACAAUCUGAGCAGAUGCUCGAAUUUGCUGCCAGUUGCGGUAGAGUCAUCGAUAGGAACUUAAUCAUUAUUAUCUUGUAUAACCAAGCAUGUGCUUAUCAAUGCCAAUGGAUCCUGGAUAAAUGCUCUAAGUAUCUGGAUGGAGUCAUCUACAACAUGGAAAUUGGCAUCAAAGAAGAUGAGCAGGAUUUGCAGACUCUUCCCAACAUGUAAGAGAAACAAGCGCAACUCAUCAAGAGAUAAGCAUUUCUAGUUAAAGCAUACCUGUAAUACACUGCAAUACUGAGUUAAUUAGGAAAACACAAGUAAGCGUUGCUUAAUUCCCAAAAAGCAGCUCAAACCAUGAGAGAGUUGUUUAAGGUAGCCAACUCUUUUUGCCAGUCGUGGCUACAGGUUAACGGCUCUCAGGGGACUGCCACAACAUCAUAAUCUAAUGUAUCUGUCAGAAAUGAGUCCUCUCAUAAUCUGGAUAAAAAGAAGAAGAGCUAAACUUAUCAACUCAAAGAUGAAAUCGAAUUUGGGAGGGUUGUCAUUGAUGGUGCCCAAGAUGUAUUGAAGGAUAUGAUUAAAUAAGAGGAUUUGUCCUCUGUUCGUUUAGAUCAAAAAUAGUUACUCAAAGAAACCAAACGGCAAUUAUACAAUUGGAGAAACAACCCAGAAAAUAAUGAUAAAUCAAUCAGAAAAGAGUUAAAGUUAGUGACUCAAAAUGAAGAAUAUAGAUCUUUGUUAGGUAAUCAAAACUUGGCUGAUUGGAUUAAGAACUUUAAUAUUGGCUCAAUUAUGCAUAUGGCUCCUCAAAUUUAUGAGGAAUUCACAUAAUUUGGGGAAAUGAUUUUGGAAUUAGCUAAGAGGUAACUAUUGGAAAAAGUCAUCUAUCUCUCAAUAUCAUAUUUCACCAUUGCAACUGAAUUGAGAUUUGUUGAAUUAGAAAAAGCCAAAUAACAUGGUGUCAAAGACGAUAAAAUCAAUACUGAAGAGUUUAAACUGAGUGAGCUAUACCAUCUUAAAUCUAUAGAAAUCGCUUGUAGACAUAUCUAAUAUCAAUCACCAUACAUUUCUCAUCUUAUUACUAGCUAUCAUAAACAUUAUAAUAUUAAUCUUGACGUUAUUCGAGAAGAAUCUUUACAAUCGACAGCAUCUGAAAAGAUAGUAGAAGAAUAAGAGUAACCUAAAGUUAAAGGGAAGAUGUUGCAAAUAUAAGUUAAUAAAGAACUUCCAAAUUCAAAAUUUGAAAAAUAAGAUCAAUCUCCAAAGCUCACAGGUAAUUUCAUUAAAUCGUUUCUUAAUUCCAGAUCACCUCCAAAAUAAUCUCAAAAAUAAUCAGUCAAAAAUUUAAUUAGCGAAACAGUCAAAAUUUAAACCAAUCUUUUAGAAUAAAUGAUUAAUAAAAAAAGAGGGUCAGACUCAUCUCCAACCAAUUAAAGGAACUCAAUCAAAUAAUAGAACUAAGCAGAUUUUGAUUUCAGUGUCUAUUUAAAAAAACAAUCUAACCCAUGUAACACUAGCAAUUUAAACACUGAUACUACACAAGACAUUGUUAAUAGUGCCAUGACCAUUCAAUUAUAGCCAUAUAAGAAUAACAGUAUCAAAAAUACUCUAAAUAAUAUGAUUAAACAGUCAAGUCCAACUAACAACAAUAAUACACAGUUAAAGACUUUUCUUUCAGAUGCUUGUAGGACAGAAAGAUAAGUAAUGACUGAACAAUAGAAUUCUUACACUCCUAUUAGUUAUAGAGUUAAUAAUCGAUCUCCUGAUUCAUCUUAUCUGAAUGCCCAAAAAUAGCGUUAACAAUAACUGCAUCAUAAUAAAACUCCUCAAAAUAGACCAAGAACAAAUACUGAAUAACAAUACCUAUAGCCAUCAUUUCCAUUAAAAUUGGAAACAAUUCAGCAGCUAUUAAGAAAUAAAGCAAUUAAUAAUCCGAAAGUAAAAUGA